AUGCCCAUCCAAGAUUUUGACUUGGCCCUCUCAAUAUUUUCAGCUAUAUUGGAUGGCAAGGUUUCAGUCACGAAGCUUUUCCUUCAAAAUGGCGUUGAUGUCAAUUUCCAUACACGAUUUUUAGAGGGCUACCGGGGAACAAUCAUUAUCUAUACCCUAUCUUCUGAUGAAUACGCUAUAUCACUCCUCGGCCUUGCUGCAAUACGUGGCGACAUCGAGAUGAUGUGCAUGCUUUUGAACGCUGGUGCGGAUAUUGAUGGACCUCACGACUCUCUCUACUGCCCUUUGAUCCUAGCAUUGGACGGUAAACAUUACUCUGCGGCAGAGAUUCUAGUACAGGCUGGUGCAGACGUUCCACUUGCGGAAGCAAAGCAGUUUGAACUGUCAAAGCGAGAGAAUUGGACUACUCGUGGUGAUGAAUGCCUCAUCGACUAUCUCUACGAUGAUAGCCAAUCGUGUUUAUACCUAUUAAAUACUUUGGUGUCAAAUGGGGCAAAGUCUCCUUACAUCGCUAUUAUGAAAGCAGUCGAAAGCAACAACGCGGAAUUUGCUCUUACAAUAUUACACCGACUUGGCGCAUUUGAAGAGGAGCCCGGAGACUUGGGUCAUGACGCCAUACACUAUGCCAUUGUUCUCGAGAAAAAGGAGCUUGUUUGGAGAUUUCACUUAGCCGGUCUCCCUCUUGCAAAAGCUGUCCGUUGGAUUCCUAGCGAAGAAAUGCUAGAUUUCCUAGAAUCUCUUGGUAUCAUAUCUGACAUUCCUUGCACAAACUGGGCUAGGAUCAUAGGCGCUGCAAGGAUUCUAAAAAAGCAAACACUCGCCCAGCGUCUUAUGCUUCUAAGUACCAGCAGCUGCACUGAUCUACCCUUACCAGCGUUUCCGUUGCCCGAAAUGGCUUCUUGGCAGCGCGAAAUGGAGUAUCUUAGACAAGAUAUUUCACAAGGACUCCCAUCCUCGGGAUUAGUACUUAGAGUUGCUGGUUGGAGUGCUGAAGCUUUUACGAACCCAAUGCUAGACAUUGCCGAUCCAGUCGUACCCAUUAUGGGGCUGUUUUUGGUCCAUGCACACAACUUGUCUCUUCCUGCAGCUGCACAUGUCGUUGGCAACGGAUUUCUACACUCUAUAGGUCUACUACUGGAUGCUGGUGGGGAUGCGAUAACUGCACAAGCUCAUUUAAGCGAAUAUUAUAAUUUACAUGAGUGGCUAAAGAACGAAACAGUUCCAGACAGGUUUAUUGGGAGUAUGGAUUGGUGUGCGCAGCGAGCCAUGACAGGUAAAUGCCAUUGCAAGGGCAACUUCUGGCUUGCAUGUGGCUCAUGCAACGAGAAAUCUGUCCUGGUAACAAUUGCCAAUGGGGGUAGCCUUCCCCUGUUUCAGACAUUUCUCUCUUCUUUCAAAUGGAGCAGCCAAGACAUAGGGAAGGCACUUGUUGCCGUUUUGGAUUCGAGGAGGAACCGCAGCGUGAUCCAGGAAUUAUUGGCUUUGCACCCAGACCCCAACGCAAUAUACAAGGGAAAAACAAUUCUCGAAUCUGCGGCGCGACAUACAGAGGUCUCGAUAGUGCGCAACCUCUUGCGAAUUGGUGCGAGUGCCCAAAGCAUUGGAUUCGCCCUACAGAGAGCAGCCCAUUGUGGGCAUUUGGAACUGAUUAACAUGCUGCUUGAGGCUGGCGCAGACGUCAAAUGCCCGGCUCGGAAAGGGGUUGCAACCGCACUGCAAAGUGUGGCAGAUCUCGGACUAAUCGGUAUUGCUUCUCAAUUGAUUGAUGCUGGAGCAGAUAUAAAUGCGUUAGGGUACGGGAAGUACAGCAGAACAGCGCUGCAGAGGGCAGCAUCAAACGGCCGCAUCGACAUGCUGCACAUGCUUCUCUGUCGGGGUGCCAGGAUUUAUGAUGAUGUUUCUAAUCAGGGCUACAGAGCGAAUUAUGUUCGAGCAGUUCGAAUGGCCGAGCAAAACGGCCACAAAGCUGCCGCAAAAUUACUCAAAUCUCACGGUGGCUGGACUGAUGAAGAUAGGAUCUUGUAUUCCCAGAUUUACGAAUGGGACAUUGAGCUUGCCUGCCUCGAUGAUGAUGACUACCUAGAAGAAUAUUGA